AUGGCAGCGACCAAACACGCCAACAAGGAUGCUGCACCUGUCUGCACCGAUUCACCGGCCGUUUACUCUUGCGAUGUUGGCGGUACUUUCCAUGCUGGAUACUACACUGUGAAAUGGGUCAAGAAAGGCACUGUUGCUACUUCAGCUUCGACGCCAUUCAUCACUGCCGGUAUCGUGGCCUGGGCAGCAUUCAUGUUCAUGGGUGUCACUUCCGUCCCCUUUAUCCGUACCAGGAUCUACGGCUUCUUCUGGAUGUGUCACUGGAUCGGCUACACUGUCGCCGUCAUCGCUCUCGCCUACCACGAGUCUUCUACUGCAAUGCUGGCUAUUGUCUCCCUGAUCAUCUACGGCAAAGACAUCAUCCUCCGCCUCGUCCUCAGUACCCGCGUCACCAACGCCCGCCUCGUCCCCCUCCCCGGCUCCCAGUCCAUCCAGGUCCUCACCUCCUUCCAAUCCGGCUGGCGCGCAGGGCAACACGUCUUCCUGCGUGUCCCCGCUUUGCGCCAAGUUGGCGGUAUGAGCUUUUGGGAGAACCACCCUUUCAGUGUGGCGAGUGCUGAGGGGGAUGAGAUGGUGCUGGUGAUGAAGAGGGCUGGGGACUGGACUAGGGCUUUGUAUGAACUUGCUAUCCAGGGAGAGGCCAAUGGCGAGAAGGGGAUGGAAAAGGGGUAUGCGAAUGUUGGAAAAGAGUGUAGGGUCAUCGUCGAAGGGCCAUAUGGCGGCCCUGGCCCUCUUGUCAUGGCGAGCUACUCGAGCGUCCUGUUGGUGUCUGGCGGUAGCGGUGUGACCUUUGCUUUAUCAGUACUGGACGAUCUCAUCAAGAAAGCUUUCAUGGGACAUUGCCGAGCCAAGACAGUCCACUUUGUCUGGGUCUGCAAGAACUACGAUGACGCCGAGCCCCUCAUCCCCCGCCUCGUCGACCUCAUGUCCCGCUCAUCCACCGCCAACCUCACCCCCAAGAUAUCCAUCUACCUCACCCGCUCCCAAUCCAAUUCUUCCUAUUCCGAGGGCGGUAUCGAGAUCGUGCACAGCCGCCCCGAGCUCGCCAACAUUGUUGAUGGGGUUGUCAGUAGAACGAGGGUGGAGGUGUUGAGUGGGAAUGUGGGAACUUGUGGGCUUGUGGUGGGCGUUUGUGGGCCGAUGAGGCUUGUGGAUGAGACGAAGAGGGCGGUGAGGGCUGUGCCAUGGCAGGAGAGGAGGGAUAUUGGUGGUGUGACGGUGCAUACCGAAGCCUUUGGAUGGUGA